AUGAGGCAUGACCUCUUUAUUAAUAACGACCCUGACGAGCCAACAAGGCCUCAUAAGCCUAGAGAUUCUACAGCAUCAUUUGAAACAUCUACUGAGCCUAGGGUCUCAAUUAUUGAUCUCACAAUCAGUAGUCAAGCCCUUGGCCCUCUAUCUGGAUGGGAAAUUGAAAGCCAGAGGCUCACGCCAUCAGAUCAUGUUAUGAUCUGGGCUAGCUGGGAACCUCCAGCAACUAUGAGUACAGAGCCCACAAGGAAAGAAGUCACAGGGUGGCAGAUAGAGGCUCUACUAGGAGACAAAAAGGCUCUGCAGGAGGCAAAAGACACCUGGAACGAACUAGCAAAGACUCAACCAAUACUAUUUUUAGACACCCUUCCUGAGCCAGGAUCUGCCCACAAGCUGAUGAAUGAAGAAGCCGUCAAGAAUGCUCUCUUUAGCCAGGGACUAGAGAAAGCUCCAGGUACAGAUUUACUGAACUUCAGGGCUAUCAGGCUCUUAUGGAAUCUAGAUUCGGAGCGUGUGGUUAGCCUGACUAGGCAGUGCCUCAGGCUUGGGAUACAUCCACAUGUCUGGAAAACAGCCAAGGGAGUUCUACUGAGAAAGAACGGCAAAACCAACUACACACUGGCUAGUGCGUAUCGGGUGAUAAGUCUAUUGAAGUGUCUAGGCAAGGUGAUUGAAAAGCUUGUUGCAGAGUUAAUUACAAACUUUGCAGAGGCUCAAGACCUCUUCCACAAUGGUCAAUUUGGAGGCCGUCGGCAACGCAGUGCAAUUGAUGCUGUGGCAUAUCUAGUGGAGGAGAUCCAUCAAGCUUGGGCAAAUAGAAAGUUAGCUGCAGCUCUAUUUAUGGAUAUUGAGGGGGCCUUUGACCAUGUCAUCCUAGCAAAACUGGUAGAGGUGCUCAGAGAGGCUAGCGUGGAUGGAGAUCUUAUACAUUGGGUGAUCUCAUUUCUAUCUGACUGGCGAGUCACUCUUGUGAUUGAUGGACAUAUGGGAAAGGAAGUACCGAUAAGCUCUGGGUUACCUCAGGGCUCUCCGGUGUCACCCAUUCUCUUUGUUCUAUACGUUCAUGGGCUAUCAAGAGCCAUUGAGAGGAGUGUGCCGGAGGUUCGAUGUCUAUCCUUUGUGGACAACCAAGGCCUAAUAACAGCCGCAAGCUCAGUGAAGGAGGCUUGUAGGAUCCUUGAGAAAGCCGCGGAAGUAGCCAUCAAACAUGGUGACCUUCACGCACAACCUGGAGAGCAACCACUGGACGACCAGGAAUGGGCCUCUAGAGACAACAAGAUGCUAAAUCGACUAGACCAAAGGCUUGCAAAGCACCUUGCUCAACGACUAAGCAGAGACCCCUCUGGAGGAAUUGAGAGAACUGAACAAUAUGAGCUCAAAAGCUUCCCAGGCUCAAUCCGAGUACUUGACAAUGAAGAGGCUCUAACGGAGGCUAACCAACAGCGUGCUGGAACAACGUUCUGGUCAGAUGGCUCCAGGCUCGAUACAGGACGUGCAGGAGCUGGAGAACACGUAGAAGUGCCAAUGGGCCAUGGACAUGAGGUCUUUGACGCGGAACUAAUGGGAGUGGCUACAGCGCUUGAAUGGGCCCUUGAAAGGCAGCCUCUUGGUCCUAUCUGGGUGUUCCUCGACGCGCAGAAUGCUAUUGAUCGCCUCAGAUCGACAAGGCCAGGCCCUGGGCAAGCCCUUGUUCUUAGGGCUCACAAGGCAGCUGAGAAACUAGCCUUGAGAGGCCAGCCAGUCACAAUACAAUGGGUCCCAGGCCACUCAGGGAUUGAAGGGAACGAGCAGGCUGAUCAAGCUGCUAAACGUGCAGCUAGUAAACAAACCGCGCCUGGUUUUGAGCACCUAUCUUUAGCGCACGUUAGAAGGGCUUGCACGGAAGCAAGGAGAGCCGCAGUAUCUAAAUGGGCUCAAAUCAAUGCUGUACAAGGCAGGCAUAGAGAUGGAUGUGUCUACAAGAUGCCUCGAGGCUGGAACCUUGACCCAGUGGCAGGAAAAGCUCCGAAAAGAUUGGCUAGUCGAUACUACCAGUUAAAGACAGGACAUGCCCCAAUUGGUACCUAUCUAUACCGGAUAGGCCAACGGGAAUCGCCUGAGUGUCAGGCCUGCAAGGAGCCUCAUGAGACAGUAAGGCAUGUACUCUUUGAGUGCCGUGGACGUCGUGCAGGACGAAGAACUCUCUAUCAAGCCCUCAAAAAAGCAGGCGUGCCACUGCCUACAGCGGCUGAGGAAGACCCCGAGGCUAGCCUAUUUGCUGAGCCUAGAGCGACGCAGGGCUUGCUGCAAUUCGUGGCUGAAGCCAACCUAUUCAAUGAUAAGGAGCGGACAGCCAGAGAGGCUGAGUCUAGUGAUGCGUGGGGGUGGGAUACGUUGGAGGAAGGUGGCCUAGGUGUCACAUUGGAGGAUGAAUAG